CCUCAGUUAAUCUCACUUCUUAACUCUCUUUGCUUUCUUCUUCACAUAAUUAAUAUGGAGCUUGCCGAUUUGUUCAACGUCGCAUGGAAGUCGGCACACUACGGCUCUCAAGAAUCUGAAUGUCUGGAGGCGCUGAAUGAUCUUCUUCAUUUUCCGGUGAGCUCCCAGGUUCUUGCACUUGCUUCCGCCCAAACUGAUGUGCUUAAACGUCUUCACAGUCUCACCGGACACCCACGCCUCACCAUUAAGAAUCUCUCUUCUUCUGUUUAUGCCGCUUGGAACCACAGAAUGCUCAAUGAAUUUGUCAGAGAAGAAGAGCCCAUGUCUGAUGAUCCACCUCCCAUUAUAAACCCCUUCAGAUAUAUCAACGUUAACGGAAAGCGCGUUAAGUUGAUCAUCAAGAAACGACAUUAUUCUGAAAUUGCCAUGACCAACAUUCUUGACAGUCAACCCUCCAUCAAACCAGAGACUCCGCCGCCACCGCCAGAACUCAAGAGACAAAAGAAUCUUGCCAUGCCUCAUCACAAACCUGACACGACUGAAACCUCCAAGCAAUUGAUACCCGAACCAGAGAUUCAGAAACCUCCCAUGAAGAGACAACAGAAUAUUGAAACCUCCAAGCAACUGAUACCCAAACAACAGAUUCAGAAACCACCCAUGAAGAGACAACAGAAUGCUGAAACCUCCAAGCAACUGAUACCCAAACCAGAGAUUCAGAAACCACCCAUGAAGAGACAACAGAAUCUUCCCAUGCCUCUCCAGAAACCCGACAAGAUUGAAACCUCCAACAAACCACAGAUUCAGACACCGCCCAAGAAGAAACAAGAGAAUCUUGGCGUUCAAAAAUUGAUGCCCAAGCGGCAGAUUACGAAACCCAAGAGACAAGGGAUUCCCAUGCCUGAUCGCCAGCUUCAAGACAAUCAGCCGCACUUGAGGGACAACGUAAAGGAACAGAUUCUUCAAGGUUUAUCGAUGGUGUUUCAGGAAGUUCAGGAUGACAGUGAACUAAACAGGCGCAAUGCAGCCCAGAUUGCCUCUUCUAUUGAAUCCCUACUGUUUGCUAAAUGGGGAUUCUCCAACACAGGCUGCCGCCCCAAGUACAGAUCGCUUCUGUUCAACAUCAAGGAUCCUAAAAACCCUGACUUUAGAAGAAAGCUUCUUCUCGGAACAAUCAAACCAGAGGAAGUGGCAGAUAUGAGCCCGCAAGAGAUGGCCAGUGAUGACAGGAAGCGUGAGAACCAAGUCAUCCUUGCAAGGAAAUCCACCAAAAAUGCAGUAAAUUAGAAGUAGAUUAGUUUCUGAUUUCCAAUGCUAGGAUUGUAAUUUCUUCUUCCUAACUCUGAUGUAGAAACAGUUAGUGGAUGAAUAUAUUUAGAAUCCGAUUUCUUAGAUUGUUAUAAUCUCUACUGAUUGUUUAUUGUUGUUAA